AACAUAGGAGAGUGAUGAGGAACACAUUUUUCUUCAAAAACUGUUUGUUAUGACUUUUUGCCAGUAAUUAUCUCUACUGGGCCAAAUUCUCACCUCAAUAAUAUUUUUCUACCAUCAAAUCCCAUAUCAAUACACUCCAAUGGUAGAUCGCAGUGAAAGCAGAGCGGUUUCGGUGACGGAUCCGGCCAAAUACAACCACAGAGAUAUUCUUCUAUUCCUCCAGCUUCUUCAUUCAAACGGCUUGAUCGAACCUGAUAACAUAGUUGAUAAACUGAAUAGUGACAUUGUAAAUGACAUUGCAACCCAAUGGUUUAAACACAAAAGCACCAAACUCUCAACAUUGAAAGGAUUGGAUAUCGAUGCACCGUGGACACAGAGCCAGCUUCAGACCUUGUACCAGAACCUCCUUGACCAGAAUGAUGAUUGUUCAAAUACCACCGAGUUGGCCAACAAGAUUUAUGCUGAGAGAGUCAAACAGCUACGGAACCAGCUAGAGUCCUCUCAGGAGACCUUCACCCAGUUACUAAAGGAGCAGUGACAUAGCACUUGAAUUGAUAUGUCAGUAUAUUUUUACUGUCACCCAUUCUCUCUCUGAAACAACUCUCCUUGACCAUUACUUUUAUAGACCCAUGAAUAUAUAAUGACCAUCAU